UCUUCCCAACCCAAAGCCUCCUCCAGACCCUCCCAGGAUCGCCUGCCUCGGUUCUACUCUUUGGGGAAGCUUUCUUUUCCCCUCCGCCUGGAUCGCUGGGGCUGGGAUGUGAAGCCCUGCUGCGCACAAUCCGAACCCAGGACCCGGGGAAACAAAACCAAGGAGCCCCCCAUCAUGGAGCGCAUUAAGAUCUUCGUGGUUUUGGACUGCCUUUGCCUGGUGGUUGUUUUCAAGAUGCUUCCAAAAGCUGAAGGUCCAAAUCUUUGGUGUACCCCAAAAUCCUCUUUGCCGUUCAUCGUCCUCACCCUGGUGAACUCUCCCUACAAGCGUGGUUUCUACUGUGACGACGACUCCAUCCGCUACCCGUACAAGCCGGACACCAUUACGCACGGAGUGAUGGCCGGGGUGACCAUCCCAUGCACUGUUAUCAUUAUUUCCGCCGGAGAGGCCUACCUUGUCUACACCGAGCGUCUCUACUCGCGGUCUGAGUUUAACAAUUACUUGGCCGCUCUCUACAAAGUCGUGGGGACCUUCCUUUUUGGCGGUGCCGUCAGCCAGUCUCUGACGGAUCUCGCCAAGUACAUGAUCGGCCGCUUGAGACCCAACUUCUUGGCCGUCUGCGAUCCGGACUGGUCGAAAGUCAACUGCUCGGUUUAUGUCCAGCUGGAAGGACUGUGCCGGGGCGAAGCCAAGAACAUCACUGAAUCCAGGUUAUCUUUCUAUUCGGGGCACUCCUCGUUCGGGAUGUAUUGCAUGAUGUUCCUAGCGCUUUAUAUCCAGGCUCGGUUGGUUGGGAGAUGGGCUCGGCUCGUGCGCCCCACCAUCCAGUUCUUCCUCAUCUCCUUCGCCAUCUACGUGGGCUACAGCCGCGUGUCGGACUACAAGCACCACUGGAGCGACGUUUUGGUGGGCCUCCUCCAGGGGGCGCUCAUCGCCAUCCUUGUGGUCCGCUACGUCUCUGACUUCUUCAAAGAGCGCCCCCCGUUGCCUUGCGCUGAGAAGGAUGCCGUCGGACACAAAGCCAGCAUCCCUCUUUCAUUGAGCGAACCGGAUCACAACCAUUACAGCUACCGCUCUCCUACCUGAACUGCUGUGUGUGUAUGUGUGUGUGUGUUUUGUGAUGGAGAGAAACACAACUGCCGAUGACCCCGAAAAAAUCUUCUAACUCCUCUCCCAGCAAGAGUUUGUACAUCGUUUUUGGACUUGCCUGAACAAAUGGGAGAUCGGUGGGGUCCUUCCUUCCAUCCUUGUGUGCGUUUUUUAAAAAGAUUUUCUUUAUGUCUUAUUAUUGUGCCCUGUAUAACUGCAUGGUGUAUUUUUUGGACUUUUUAUUCCCUCCCUUAAUUCAAGAAGGAGUGGGAAUUCACUAUCACUUUUUCACAGACUGUGGGUAUCUAUAUAUAUAUAUGCAAAGAUGUGUGUGCGUGUGCUUUAAAACUUUAUGGGUGAGAACUUGGAAAAAAGUUACUUUCUUGGAUUACAAGAAAGUUCUGUACUGCAAAAAUAAUCCACUUUGACACCACUUUAAAUGCCCUGGAAACCUGGGAUUUGUCGUUUUCUGAGCAUCGCUUUCUCUCUUUGUCGGAGACCUCUGGCACCACCACAAACUACAGUUCCCAGAUUUCCAUAGCACUGAGACAUGGCAGUUAAAGUGAUGUCAAACUGGAUUAUUUUUUGCCGUGCAGUCAACAUGGCCACAGCCAGCCAUGCAGGAAAUCAGACCUGGGGGGAGUCUAGGAUCUUUAAAAUGUAACUUUUCCAAGCUCUGUUCCAAAGAGAGGCAUCCCUGUCGGGGAUCGUUUUCAGUUCAGUUUGCAUUUGAAGCGAACUGAAACCUAGCUUUUAACACAGCUGGAUGUUAAUGGACUACAAUCCCCAUCAUCCCCAACCCUUUCUAGGUGGCAGGGGCUGAUGGGAUUGGAGUCACUCAGAGGUCUGUUUCAAUGGAGCUGGACAUUAUCAGAUAUUUAUGUAUGUUGCAGGGUUAUUGGGAAGAUUCACCACCUCUAUUCUGCUCCAUUUGCAGAAUUAAUCCACUUUGACACCGCUUUAACGUCCAUAGCUGCAUACUAGGGGAUUCUGGGAUUUGUAGUUUGCUGCGACAUCAGAGUCCUCUGAUAGAGGAGGCUCAAAGGUUCACAAAACUACCACCCCCAGAACUGCAUUACAUUGAGCCAAGGCAGUUAAAACGCAGAGUAACUCUAAUGUUCCUUUUCUCUUGAUUGAAAUCUGGGUUUGGGUGCGAAAAUGGGUCACAUCACAAAGCUUUAUAAACACCUACAAUGUCUAAAUAUUUGAAAACUGGGUCCAGGAUGGGAAGGCAGGAAGAGAGUGGAUUGAGGUGGCCUUUUGGAGCAACAAGAUCCCGACUUGCAUUAAAACGGAUCCCACGUUUCACCCUCCAAACGCAAGGGGAUCUUGUAGCACCUUUGUCGGAGUUGAGUUUUGCAUUGAUGGGAUUUUUAAUACAAUACAAUAAAAUAGAAAACCAUCA